CUUUCUUCGGAAACAAGGAAAAGAGUCGGAUGUUAUAAAUACUCGAUCCAGCGUUCAGAUCUCCUAUUGAUUUCUCUUCUCUCGCCAAUCUCAUCCUCAUUGAAUCUCGACAAUGAGUAACCAAGCUGAAUCCUCUGACUCUAAGGGAACCAAAAGGGAUUUCAGUACUGCAAUCCUGGAGCGUAAGAAAUCUCCGAAUCGGCUUAUCGUCGAUGAAGCCGUCAAUGAUGACAAUUCGGUGGUCUCUUUGAAUCCCGAGACAAUGGAAAAGUUACAGCUUUUCCGUGGAGAUACAAUUCUCCUUAAGGGUAAGAAAAGACGGGAUACAAUCUGCAUUGCCCUUGCUGAUGACACAUGUGAGGAACCAAAGAUCAGGAUGAAUAAAGUUGUUAGGUCAAACCUGAGAGUCAGGCUCGGUGAUGUUGUUUCUGUGCACCAAUGCCCUGAUGUCAAAUAUGGGAAGCGUGUGCACAUACUGCCUGUGGAUGAUACCAUCGAAGGCGUCACUGGAAAUCUGUUUGAUGCAUAUCUGAAGCCUUAUUUCUUGGAAGCAUAUCGUCCGGUCAGGAAAGGGGAUCUCUUCCUUGUUAGAGGUGGAAUGAGGAGUGUUGAAUUUAAGGUUAUUGAGACUGACCCAGCAGAGUAUUGUGUGGUUGCUCCAGACACAGAGAUCUUUUGUGAGGGAGAGCCAGUAAGGAGGGAGGAUGAAGAUAGGUUGGAUGAAGUAGGUUAUGAUGAUGUUGGUGGAGUCAGAAAGCAGAUGGCUCAAAUACGAGAGCUAGUGGAACUUCCACUAAGACACCCACAGCUUUUCAAAUCUAUUGGUGUGAAGCCACCAAAAGGAAUUUUGUUGUAUGGCCCUCCAGGUUCUGGGAAGACAUUGAUAGCUAGGGCUGUUGCUAAUGAGACUGGUGCUUUCUUCUUCUGUAUUAAUGGUCCAGAAAUUAUGUCAAAAUUAGCUGGAGAGAGUGAAAGUAAUCUCAGGAAGGCAUUUGAAGAAGCUGAAAAGAAUGCACCCUCUAUUAUCUUUAUUGAUGAAAUUGAUUCCAUAGCUCCAAAACGAGAGAAAACAAAUGGAGAAGUGGAACGGCGGAUUGUUUCUCAGCUCUUGACACUUAUGGAUGGAUUGAAGUCCCGUGCUCAUGUUAUUGUUAUUGGGGCUACAAAUCGGCCUAACAGCAUUGACCCAGCUUUGAGAAGGUUUGGAAGGUUCGAUAGGGAAAUUGAUAUUGGGGUUCCAGAUGAAGUUGGACGAUUAGAGGUUCUUCGUAUUCACACAAAGAACAUGAAACUCUCUGAAGAUGUUGAUUUGGAAAGGAUUGCCAAGGAUACACACGGAUAUGUUGGUGCUGACCUUGCAGCUCUGUGCACUGAAGCUGCUCUUCAGUGCAUCAGAGAAAAGAUGGAUGUGAUCGAUUUGGAAGAUGAAUCAAUAGAUGCUGAGAUUCUCAACUCAAUGGCUGUUACAGAUGAGCACUUCAAGACUGCUCUUGGAUCAAGCAAUCCCUCAGCUCUUCGUGAAACAGUUGUUGAAGUACCUAAUGUCAGCUGGGACGACAUUGGUGGCCUUGAAAAUGUCAAGAGGGAGCUCCAAGAGACCGUUCAAUAUCCUGUGGAGCAUCCUGAGAAGUUUGAGAAGUUUGGUAUGUCACCUUCCAAAGGAGUCCUUUUCUAUGGUCCCCCUGGUUGUGGGAAAACACUUCUUGCCAAAGCAAUCGCAAAUGAAUGCCAAGCAAACUUCAUCAGUGUCAAGGGUCCUGAGUUGCUCACAAUGUGGUUUGGAGAGAGUGAGGCCAAUGUACGAGAGAUCUUUGACAAGGCUCGUCAAUCUGCACCCUGUGUCCUCUUUUUCGAUGAGCUCGAUUCAAUUGCUACACAGAGGGGAAGCAGUGUUGGGGAUGCAGGAGGUGCUGCUGAUAGGGUUCUGAACCAACUCCUGACCGAAAUGGAUGGCAUGUCAGCAAAGAAAACAGUCUUCAUAAUUGGUGCCACCAACAGGCCUGAUAUUAUUGAUCCUGCACUCCUCAGGCCAGGUCGUCUUGACCAGUUGAUCUACAUCCCUCUGCCUGAUGAGACCUCUCGCCACCAGAUUUUCAAGGCCUGUCUGAGAAAAUCACCUGUUUUAAAAGAUGUGGAUUUAAAGGAUGUUGCCAAAUACACACAAGGUUUUAGUGGAGCUGAUAUUACAGAGAUAUGCUAG